AUGUCCGGACGCCACCAUGAUCCCCCUAUUUCCCACUCACCCGUCAAUGCGACCGCCCUCAGACAAGAAAUCAUCGCCACAAUUUUUCGUAUACGCAGACUCCGUCUAAUUGUCAUCAUUCCUGCACAGCGUCGCUGUUCCGGCAGUCCUCUAGCCUUGGCAUUUAUCUAUAUACGACCUUUUCUCACCGACUGGGACAACAAUAAUAUACAGUGGGGUCUGUUGGUGCAAGCAAAUCCUGGCCAACGACAGACCUUUAUCGAGAUAGACAUCACCACGUAUCCAAGUGGUACCGCCCAGCAGCGAGAGCAGAACUUUGCAUUCCCUGUCUAUGUGCUCAAGUCUGAUUCCGGUGGGAGAAAUUGGCAGUUCUAUAGACACUCUACUAGAACUACUACUUAUCCCCGAGGACUGAUUGAGGAGCUUGCAGGGUUAUCCUUGAUGUGA